AUGACUUCAGCGGCGAACAUGGCUGUAAGGGAAAAGCGACGAGGGGCUUCCCAGCAGGAUAUCGAUCAGAUGGAGGUUCGAAAGGCUAUGACGGCGGCCGAGUACUCGCGACGACAGUUUGUCCUCAACUUCGCCGCCAGCAAGGACAUUCAGCUUCUCAUCCCCGGAAAGAAGGCGGAUGCGAUCAAGGAGGCCGAAGAGUGGACGGUUGUCUGGCUGGCUCAGAACCAACUCACUACAGUGUCCAACGAUUUCUUCAAGUACACAGUGGACUCGAGGCUAUGGAGCAAGCUCGUCGGCGAUGAGAUUCCGUUCCCAUUUGCUUUCAUGAAGUGCCCCAACAACCCAAGCGAUGGCGAGAACAGGAGCAGGGCACCAACACCAAAGGGUGAUGCUCUCUUGAAAAACCAUGCCGUCGAGAUCACCAGCAACACGGCCUCUGCUCCCAACCUGCCCACCAGCAAGCAAGUUAAGAGACAGUCCCUUCAGCGGUCUGAAUCGGACAACGAGACUAUUAGCAGGAGACACACAGACGUCAAGAACGCGAAGACGACCGAAAUUCCCCUGGAUAAGGCGCGCAGCCUCUCGCUCGACAGCGUGGAUGAGGACCUUAAGGUGCCCAAGAAGUCCAGCAACCGCUUCCUGCUGCGGUUGAGCCGCUCAUGGUCUCGGCGGGUUUCAUCCUGA